UCGAAAGCAGCAUGUUUCUUCUUAGCGGGAAAGAUUUGCCAAGAGCUACAACAGUAAAGUAAUGACUUUGUGUCUUUCACACAACUACAUCAGUGCUUAAGCAGUUCUGUGAAUAUAAUCAGAAGAUCUAGGGCUGAACUUUACCUCUGAGAUGACUCUUCCAGAUAAACAGAGAUCAACUUCAGCUUUAUUAAUCUCUGUGUCACUCAAGAGUGACAACUCCAAAAAUGAUGGACCAAACUUCAGUGAGAAAACACCAUCAGAUAUCAAAAGUCAUCGAUGGCAGGAGACCUUAAUAAAUAUAGGUUCAGAAAUCACUCGGUGGAAAACACUAAAAGAACAAAAAGGAAUAAAGAGUGAUGAAGAACUGACAACUUUUCUGCUGGAAAGGAUUCAGUUUGAGACAUCAGAUGCAGACCUCCAUACAUCUGAAGAUGAUAUUUCCCGAAUCUUUCAGGGUCUUGAUAACAAAAUAGCUGUAUUUUUUAAGAAUGAGCUGGAAAGGUUUAAGAAAAUAUUGAAAAAUGAAAACACACAAUACUAUGUGAAGGACUUUAAGGAGAACAAAAACAACAUCAGAGAAACAGCCCUUGAUGUCACAAUUCACUUUCUGAGAAGUAUGAAACAAGAUGAACUUGCUGAUACUCUGGAAGAUGAGCUGAUCUACACAUGUCAACUAAAAUCAGAUCUGGAGAAGAAGUAUCAAUGUGUAUUUGAAGGAAUCGCAAAGCAGGGCGACUCCACACUUCUAAAUAAGAUCUACACGGAUCUGUUCAUCACUCAGGGUGGAGGUGAACAAGUCAAUACUGAACAUGAGAUAAGACAGAUCGAGGUUGUUUCCAGACAUCUAGAAUCACCAGACAUAGAGAUUAACUUCAAGGAUUUGUUUAAACCACAUGAACAAACCCAGACCAUCAGAACUGUAAUAACAAAAGGAGUUGCUGCCAUUGGAAAAUCUGUCUCAGUGCAAAAGUUUGUUCUGGACUGGGCUGAAGGAAAAGAAAACCAGGAUAUCAGCUUCAUAUUUCCUCUUCCAUUCCGAGAGAUGAACUUGAAGGAGAAAUCAGAAGUAAGUUUAAAGGAUCUUUUAUGUGAGUUUUUCCCAGAGAUUAAAGGACUGGACCUUACCAGAAAAAACAAAAAGAUUCUGUUCAUCCUUGAUGGUUUGGAUGAAUGUCGUCUUCCUCUGAAGUUUGAUGGUAAUGAGAUAUGGAGUGAUUUCACAUCACCUGCUCCUCUGGAUGUUCUCCUGACAAACCUCAUCAAAGGAAAUCUGCUUCCUCACGCUCACAUCUGGAUAACCACCAGAUCAGCAGCAGCCGGUAAGAUUCCUCCUGAGUGUAUCGACAGAGUGACAGAGGUCCGAGGAUUCAAUGAUGAACAGAAGAAAGAAUACUUCAGAAAAAGAUUCACAGAUCAGAAUAUGGCCGACACAAUCAUUGAUCACGUUAAAAAAUCAAAGAGUCUCUUCAUCAUGUGCCACAUCCCAGUGUUCUGCUGGAUUUCAGCCACUGUGCUUCAGAACAUUCUGGAGAAGAAGAGCAAAGAUCAGACUGAUGACACACAGGAGUCAAACACUGAUGAUACUCCUAGAACUCUGACACAAAUGUACAUACACUUCUUACGCUUUCAGAUUCAACAGAGCAGAAGAAAGUAUGAUGGAGAAUACUCGCCUGAUAUCUCCUGGGACAUCGACUCAAUCUAUUCUCUGGGGAAACUGGCUUUUGAACAACUAGAAAAAAGUAACCUGAUCUUCUAUGAGUCAGAUCUGGAGGAGUGUGGCAUUGACGUCACUAAAGCUUCUGUGUAUUCAGGGAUGUGCACUCAGAUCUUUAAACAGGAGACAGGGAUCAUUUAUGGUACUGUGUACUGCUUUGUUCACUUGAGCAUUCAGGAGUUUGUCGCAGCUCUGUAUGCACAUCUGUUUCUAGACAAGAACAAGAAAAAUGUAUUUGUUCAAGAACACAUGGAGUCAGAAGCCCAGAAUGAAACACUGACUGGUUUACUGAAGACUGCAGUGGAUAAGGCACUUGAGAGUGACAAUGGACAUCUGGAUCUUUUCCUUCGCUUCCUCCUCGGUCUGUCACUUGAGUCCAAUCGACCUCUCCUACGAGGUCUGUUGUCACAGGAAGAGAGCAAUAAGCAGAACAACACAGAAAUAGUCGAGUACAUCAAGCAGAAGUUUGAAGAUAGUUUAUGUCCAGAGAGAUCCAUCAAUCUGUUUUACUGUCUGAAUGAACUGAAUGAUCAAACUCUGGUUCAAGAGAUUCAGAAGCAUCUUAGUGAAGGAAGUCUGUCAUCUUCUGACCUCUCACCUGCUCAGUGGUCUGCUCUCGCUUUUGUGUUGCUGACAUCAGAUGAGGAACUGGAGGAGUUUGAGCUUCAGAAAUACAAGAAAUCAGAUGAAUGUCUUGACAGAUUAUCACCAGUCAUCAAAAGCUCCAAAAGAGCUCUUGAAAGAUCAGCUUCAUCUGGAUUGACUUCUGUGUCUUUAAAGAGUGAUCGAUCUAAACAUGAUCCACCAACCUUCAGUGAGAAAACACCAUCAGUUACUGAAAGUUUUGUGUCUCACAGAUCAGCUUCACCUGUAUUCAGCUCUGUGUCACUCAAGAGUGACAAUUCAAAAUGCGGUGUACCAAACUUCAGUGAGAAAACAACAUCUGAUGUCAAAAGUGAACGAUGGCAGGAGACCUUAAUAAAUAUAGGUUCAGAAAUCACUCGAUGGAAAACACUUAAAGAACAAAGAGGAAUAAAGAGUGAUGAAGAACUGACAACUUUUCUGCUGGACAGGAUUCAGUUUGAGACAUCAACUGCAGAACUCCAGCAUUUUAAAGAUGAUUUUUCCCGAAUCUUUCAGGGUCUUGAAAAAAAAAUAGCUGUAUUUUUCAAGAAUGAGCUGGAAAGGUUUAAGAAAAUAUUGAAAAAUGAAAACACACAACACUAUGUGAAGGACUUUAAGGAGAACAAAAACAACAUCAUGGAAACAGCCCUUGAUGUCACAAUUCACUUUCUGAGAAGUAUGAAACAAGAUGAACUUGCUGAUACUCUGGAAGAUGAGCUGAUCUACACAUGUCAACUAAAAUCAGACCUGGAGAAGAAGUAUCAAUGUGUAUUUGAAGGAAUCGCAAAGCAGGGCGACUUCACACUUCUAAAUAAGAUCUACACGGAUCUGUUCAUCACUCAGGGUGGAGGUGAACAAGUCAAUACUGAACAUGAGAUAAGACAGAUCGAGGUUGUUUCCAGACAUCUAGAAUCACCAGACAUACAGAUUAACUUCAAGGAUUUGUUUAAACCACAUGAACAAACCCAGAUCAUCAGAACUGUACUAACAAAAGGAGUUGCUGACAUUGGAAAAUCUGUCUCAGUGCAAAAGUUUGUUCUGGACUGGGCUGAAGGAAAAGAAAACCAGGAUAUCAGCUUCAUAUUUCCUCUUCCAUUCCGAGAGAUGAACUUGAAGGAGAAAGCAGAAGUAAGUUUAAAGGAUCUUUUAUGUGAGUUUUUCCCAGAGAUUAAAGGACUGGACCUUACCAGAAAAAACAAAAAGAUUCUGUUCAUCCUUGAUGGUUUGGAUGAAUGUCGUCUUCCUCUGAAGUUUGAUGGUAAUGAGAUAUGGAGUGAUAUCACAUCACCUGCUCCUCUGGAUGUUCUCCUGACAAACCUCAUCAAAGGAAAUCUGCUUCCUCACGCUCACAUCUGGAUAACCACCAGACCAGCAGCAGCCGGUAAGAUUCCUUCUGAGUGUAUCAACAGAGUGACAGAGGUCCGAGGAUUCAAUGAUGAACAGAAGAAAGAAUACUUCAGAAAAAGAUUCACAGAUCAGAAUAUGGCCGACACAAUCAUUGAUCAUGUUAAAAAAUCAAAGAGUCUCUUCAUGAUGUGCCACAUCCCAGUGUUCUGCUGGAUUUCAGCCACUGUGCUCCAGAACAUUCUGGAGAAGAAGAGCAAAGAUCAGACUGAUGACACACAGGAGUCAAACACUGAUGAUACUCCUAGAACUCUGACACAAAUGUACAUACACUUCUUUCGCUUUCAGAUUCAACAGAGCAGAAGAAAGUAUGAUGGAGAAUACUCGCCAGAUAUCUCCUGGGACAUGGACUCAAUCUAUUCACUGGGGAAACUGGCUUUUGAACAACUAGAAAAAAACAACCUGAUCUUCUAUGAGUCAGAUCUGGAGGAUUGUGGCAUUGACGUCUCUAAAGCUUCUGUGUAUUCAGGGAUGUGCACUCAGAUCUUUAAACAGGAGACAGGGAUCAUUCUUGGUACUGUGUACUGCUUUGUUCACUUGAGCAUUCAGGAGUUUAUCGCAGCUCUGUAUGCACAUCUGUUUCUAGACAAGAACAAGAAAAAUGUAUUUGUUCAAGAACACAUGGAGUCAGUAACCCAGUAUGAAACGCUGACUGGUUUACUGAAGACUGCAGUGGAUAAGGCACUUGAGAGUGACAAUGGACAUCUGGAUCUUUUCCUUCGCUUCCUCCUCGGUCUGUCACUUGAGUCCAAUCGACCUCUCCUACAAGGUCUGUUGUCACAGGAAGAGAGCAAUAAGCAGAACAACACAGAAAUAGUCGAGUACAUCAAGCAGAAAUUUGAAGAUAGUUUAUGUCCAGAGAGAUCCAUCAAUCUGUUUUACUGUCUGAAUGAACUGAAUGAUCAAACUCUGGUUCAAGAGAUUCAGAAGCAUCUUAGUGAAGGAAGUCUGUCAUCUUCUGACCUCUCACCUGCUCAGUGGUCUGCUCUCGCUUUUGUGUUGCUGACAUCAGAUGAGGAACUGGAGGAGUUUGAGCUUCAGAAAUACAAGAAAUCAGAUGAAUGUCUUGACAGAUUAUCACCAGUCAUCAAAAGCUCCAAAAGAGCUCUUGAAAGAUCAUCUUUAUCUGUGUCUGUGAAGAGUGAUCGAUCUAAAGAUGAUGGACCGUCCUUCAGUGAGAAAACACCAUCAGUUACCAAAAGAUCAACUUCAGCUUUAUUCAGGUCCGUGUCACUCAAGAGUGACGAGUCAAAAGGCGAUGGACCAAACUUCAGUGAGAAAACACCAUCAGAUAUCAAAAGCAUUCAGUGUGAAACAUCAGCAGCAGAACUCCAGCAUUUUAAAGAUGAUUUUUCCCGAAUCUUUCAGGGUCUUGAAAACAAUAUAGUUGUAUUUUUUAAGAAUGAGCUGAAAAGGUUUAAGAAUAUAUUGAAAAAUGAAAACACACAACACUAUGUGAAGGACUUUCAGGAGAACAAAAACAACAUCAGGGAAACAGCCCUUGAGGUCACAAUCCACUUUCUGAGAAGUAUGAAACAAGAUGAACUUGCUGAUACUCUGGAAGAUGAGCUGAUCUACACAUGUCAACUAAAAUCAGACCUGGAGAAGAAGUAUCAAUGUGUAUUUGAAGGAAUUGCAAAGCAGGGUGACUCCACACUUCUAAAUAAGAUCUAUACGGAUCUGUACAUCACUCAGGGUGGAGGUGAACAAGUCAAUACUGAACAUGAGAUAAGACAGAUCGAGGUUGUUUCCAGACGUCUAGAAUCACCAGACAUACAGAUUAACUUCAAGGAUUUGUUUAAACCACAUGAACAAACCCAGACCAUCAGAACUGUACUAACAAAAGGAGUUGCUGGCAUUGGAAAAUCUGUCUCAGUGCAAAAGUUUGUUCUGGACUGGGCUGAAGGAAAAGAAAACCAGGAUAUCAGCUUCAUAUUUCCUCUUCCAUUCCGAGAGAUGAACUUGAAGGAGAAAGCAGAAGUAAGUUUAAAGGAUCUCUUACAUGAGUUUUUCCCAGAGAUUAAAGGACUGGAGCUUACCAGAAAAAACAAAAAGGUUCUGUUCAUCCUUGAUGGUUUGGAUGAAUGUCGUCUUCCUCUGAAGUUUGAUGGUAAUGAGAUAUGGAGUGAUAUCACAUCACCUGCUCCUCUGGAUGUUCUCCUGACAAACCUCAUCAAAGGAAAUCUGCUUCCUCACGCACACAUCUGGAUAACCACCAGACCAGCAGCAGCCGGUAAGAUUCCUCCUGAGUGUAUCGACAGAGUGACAGAGGUCCGAGGAUUCAAUGAUGAACAGAAGAAAGAAUACUUCAGAAAAAGAUUCACAGAUCAGAAUAUGGCCGACACAAUCAUUGAUCACGUUAAAAAAUCAAAGAGUCUCUUCAUCAUGUGUCACAUCCCAGUGUUCUGCUGGAUUUCAGCCACUGUGCUCCAGAACAUUCUGAAGAAGAAGAGCAAAGAUCAGACUGAUGACACACAGGAGUCAAACACUGAUGAUACUCCUAGAACUCUGACACAAAUGUACACACACUUCUUUCGCUUUCAGAUUCAACAGAGCAGAAGAAAGUAUGAUGGAGAACACUCGCCUGAUAUCUCCUGGGACAUGGACUCAAUCUAUUCACUGGGGAAAUUGGCUUUUGAACAACUAGAAAAAACUAACCUGAUCUUCUAUGAAUCAGAUCUUAAGGAGUGUGGCAUUGACGUCUCUAAAGCUUCUGUGUAUUCAGGGAUGUGCACUCAGAUCUUUAGAGAAGAAAAAGGGAUCAUUCAUGGUACUGUGUACUGCUUUGUUCACUUGAGCAUUCAGGAGUUUAUCGCAGCUCUGUAUGCACAUCUGUUUCUAGACAAGAACAAGAAAAAUGUGUUUGUUGAAGUACACAUGGAGUCAGAAGCCCAGAAUGAAACACUGACUGGUUUUCUGAAGACUGCAGUGGAUAAGGCACUUGAGAGUGACAAUGGACAUCUGGAUCUUUUCCUUCGCUUCCUCCUCGGUCUGUCACUUGAGUCCAAUCGACCUCUCCUACAAGGUCUGUUGUCACAGGAAGAGAGCAAUAAGCAGAACAACACAGAAAUAGUCCAGUACAUCAAGAAGAAAUUUGAAGAUAGUUUAUGUUCAGAGAGAUCCAUCAAUCUGUUUUACUGUCUGAAUGAACUGAAUGAUCAAACUCUGGUUCAAGAGAUUCAGAAGCAUCUUAGUGAAGGACGUCUGUCAUCUUUUGACCUCUCACCUGCUCAGUGGUCUGCUCUCACUUUUGUGUUGCUGACAUCAGAAGAGGAACUGAAAGACUUUGAACUUCAAAAAUACAAGAAAUCAGACGAAUGUCUUGUUAGAUUGUCACCAGUCGUCAAAAGCUCCAAAAGAGCUCUGUUGAAUGACUGUAAUCUAACAGACAAGAGUUGUUCAGCUCUGUCUAGAGUUCUGAGCUCAGAUAAUAGUCUUGAGGAGCUAAACAUGAGCAAUAAUAAUCUACAGGAUUCAGGGGUCAGGCUACUCUGUGAUGGACUCAAGAACACAAAGUGUGAAUUACUCAAACUGAGGUAG